AACACACGGAUAAUGAAUCGCAACCGUCGGAUCUCCCAGAGAGUUUACAGUCGCACGUAUAUAUACCCCUUAACCUCUCGAACGUUGGAAUCUUUGGUUCAUUCGAAGACGGAGAAGACCGAGAAAAACAGAGCGCGAACCAAGGAAAGAUGGCCCGUACCAAGCAAACUGCUCGUAAGUCAACUGGAGGAAAGGCUCCCAGGAAGCAACUCGCUACCAAGGCUGCCCGUAAGUCUGCACCAACUACUGGCGGAGUCAAGAAGCCCCACAGAUACCGCCCUGGUACUGUCGCUCUUCGUGAAAUCCGUAAGUACCAGAAGAGUACUGAGCUCUUGAUCAGGAAGUUGCCAUUCCAGAGGCUUGUUCGUGAAAUUGCCCAGGAUUUCAAGACUGAUCUGCGUUUCCAGAGCCACGCGGUGUUGGCACUGCAGGAGGCUGCUGAGGCCUACCUUGUGGGUCUUUUUGAGGACACCAACCUUUGCGCCAUCCAUGCCAAGCGGGUUACCAUCAUGCCAAAGGAUAUCCAGCUUGCCAGGAGGAUCAGGGGUGAGCGUGCUUAAGUGAUGCGCCUGUCUUGCAACGUUGAGGGCUAUUGUGGCGGCUGCAGAUGGGAUUGAAGGGGUGGUAUGUAAAAUGCUUUUGUGGACGGAUGGAGGUGUUUUUGUGGUAAAUGAUAGGUGGGGGUAGGGUUUGGUACAAGAUGUAGUGAAUAUUAUGGUUAUAUGCAAAACAAUCUUUUAAGAAUUGCUCUUCUUUUGGUUGGUUUGUAUUGUAGAAUAUGUGGAACCUGCUUCUGUUGGUCCAACAUUUAAUUUGUGUUUUUUGGUUCAUUUGGUUGUCUGCGGCCUGACUGUUGGAACAAUAUUUCAUCUAAUCUAGUCUAGUUUGUUAU